UCGCUAAAGCUACUCACUUGACGGUGGUCAAGGCACUGACGUCGCGUUUCAUUCACAGUAUUCCACUACUAUAUGUUUUUCCAGAUUCUACUUUAGCUAGCUUUUUAACCAAUAAGUUAGCAGUUUGUUUACCUGCCAGAGUUCAUUAACGUUAUAGCUAUAGGUACUAGAGGAUUUGGAUAAAGCUACCCAAAAAAAGAAAUGGGGGCAUUUUUGGACAAGCCAAAGAUGGAGAAGUUCAAUGCCCACGGAGAAGGAAACGGCCUACGAUAUGGCCUGAGCAGCAUGCAGGGCUGGCGGGUAGAGAUGGAGGAUACACACACGGCUGUCAUUGGCCUGCCCCAUGGCCUCAACCCCUGGUCCUUUUUUGCCGUGUAUGAUGGCCAUGCUGGCUCUCAGGUGGCCCGCUACUGCUGCGAGCACUUGCUUGAGCACAUCACCAGCAACCCAGAUUUCAGGGGUGGGGGUGCAGGACCAGGAGGUGGAGAAGAGGGGGGCAGGGCAAUUCUGGACAGGCAUGGACCCGAGCCAUCAGUGGAGAGUGUGAAGAGUGGCAUUCGCACUGGCUUCCUGCAGAUUGAUGAGCAGAUGCGAGUUAUCUCGGAGCGUAAGCAUGGUGCGGACCGCAGCGGCUCUACUGCAGUGGGAGUCAUGAUCUCACCUCGCCACAUGUACUUCAUUAAUUGUGGCGACUCACGGGCACUCCUCAGCAGGGGAGGCCGGGUCCAUUUCUUUACGCUGGAUCACAAGCCCAGCAAUCCAUUGGAAAAGGAGCGCAUCCAGAAUGCCGGUGGCUCUGUCAUGAUUCAACGUGUUAAUGGCUCACUAGCUGUGUCUCGGGCCCUUGGUGACUUUGACUAUAAAUGUGUACAUGGCAAGGGCCCCACAGAGCAGCUUGUGUCGCCUGAGCCAGAGGUGUAUGAGAUUGAAAGAUCUGAGGCGGAGGACGAGUUUGUUGUUUUGGCGUGUGAUGGCAUCUGGGACGUGAUGGCCAAUGAGGAGCUAUGUGACUUUGUGCGUUUACGUCUAGAGGUGACAGAGGACUUGGAGAGAGUGUGCAAUGAGAUUGUUGACACAUGUUUAUACAAGGGAAGCCGGGACAACAUGAGUGUGGUGCUGGUGUGUUUCCCAGGUGCUCCCAAGAUCUCGCAAGAAGCUGUGAAGAGACAGGCAGAGCUGGAUAAGUACCUGCAGAGCAGGGUAGAAGGUGGAGCAUCUAAAAAGAAAUGAGUUAUGUUACACAUUUCAAAAGAGCGAGACACCGAUUGUUGUUGCGUAAACUUAUGGUAGUACUUAUUACUUACCAAAACAGAAACUAAAUAUAAAAGUACUCACAGAACCCCAAUUUUAAGUAUGAUGGCACUUGAGUGUCUUUAUAGGCAACAUACUUUUUAAUAUGGUUUAUCCUGGACUUAAAAUGUCCUCAAGGGAAAUUUAGCAAAUGUUAACUUUAGAAUGCUUAACAUAUAUACAUAUAUAUAUAUAUAUAUAUAUAAAAUCAUAUUCAUUGUCAAAAUGUAUUUUUUCUCACAGCUUUUCCAAUGAAGCAAGCUCAAUAUUGUAUCUUCUGGACCCGUUUUUUCAAAACAUUUAAUCUUGAUCAGAAUGAUACGGAUUCUGUAAUCCCUUAUUUUGCAUUCCAGGAUCAUAUAAAUCCAACAGAUUUUUUGGGCCAGUGUUUCUGAAAUAGGUAGGAAAGGACCAUUCUGAUCUACAUAUAAAAAUGUUAAGAAUCUAGAUUACCUGUGCUUUGAAUAUGCGUAAACCAUGCCACCUACUGGGCAGGUUAUAUUACUACAUACAUGAACAAAGUUCACUUUAAAAAAUUUUUUUUUUUUGACCAAAUCUGUGUUUUGGAUGUACGUUAAUGUUAAAAAAGCGCUGAGACACUAUAAAAUAAAUUCAUUUGGUUUUGAGAAACAUG